CAAACAAAGGCUCGCGUCGCGGGCCGAAUUAGUCCAAUGAAUCCAGGACCAAGAGCAUACUCGCAGCUGAGCCCACUCUAAUUAACCAUAUUUCCAGAACCUCUUCUACUCUAUUCCGCCUGUUGACACUUGAUAGUAGGGUUUACAACAUCCUCCUCCUGGCAAUGGAGCUCGCCAACGCCCGGAGCGCACUCAAACGCAAACGAAACGACGCCAUUGAACCCUUCGACAACGGCACCGCCGCCGCCGCUACCACCGACGUCUCCUCUAUUGACCUCUCUCUCCUGGAGGCCGUAGAGAAGUCACAAACCACUGUGGAAGUUCUCGACCUGAAAACCCUAAAAAAGCUGGUCCUCGCCUUCGAGCGCCGUCUCCGUGACAAUAUCGAAGCCCGGUUGAAAUACCCGGAUCAACCCGAUAAGUUCGCUGACUCCGAAAUUGAGCUCCACGAUGAGAUCCAACGCCUUAAGACCCUCGCCGGUGGGCCUGAACUUUAUCCCGAUUUGGUCAAUCUCAACGUAAUCCCUUCUAUUCUCGGCUUGUUGUCGCACGACAACUCCGACAUCGCUGUCGACGUCGUUGGGCUCCUCCAAGACCUCACCGACGAGGACGUGUUGGAGGACAAUGACGAGCCGGCUAGGGUUUUGGUGGACGCGUUGAUUGAGAACAAUGUGUUGGAGCUUCUGGUUCAGAAUCUGACCCGGUUGUCGGAGUCCGACCCGGAUGAGAUGGCCGCGGUCUAUGCUACCCUCUCCACCCUUGAGAAUUUGAUUGAGGUGAAGCCAGCUGUGGCGGAGAUGGUCUGCGAAAGGACUAAGCUGAUGCGGUGGCUGUUGGGAAAGAUAAAGGUGAGGGAGUUCGAUAGUAAUAAGCAGUAUGCAUCGGAGAUUUUGGCCAUUUUGUUGCAGAACAGUGCAGCAAAUCAGCGGCGGUUGGGGCAGAUGAAUGGGGUUGAUGUGGUGCUUCAGGCGGUGGCAAUGUACAAGUCACGGGACCCGAAGACAGCAGAUGAGGAGGAGAUGGUGGAGAAUUUGUUUGAUUGCUUGUGUUGCUUGUUGAUGCCGUUGGAGAAUAAAGAAAGAUUCGUCAGAGCUGAGGGGGUUGAGUUGAUGAUCAUUAUUAUGAAGCAGAAGAAGUUGGCUUAUGGCUCCGCCAUAAGAGCACUUGAUUUUGCGAUGACAAAGUAUCCACCGGCAUGUGAGCGGUUUGUGGAUGUGUUGGGCUUGAAGACUGCAUUUGCGGCUUUCAUGGGUAAGAUUCCUAUGAGCAAGAAGAAUAAGAAAGAACGCUACCAAGAAGAGUUAGAAGAGCGUAUUAUAUCAUUGAUUGCAUCAUUAUUUGGUGGAAUCUUGAGGGGUUCUAGAAGGGAUAGAUUGUUAAGUAAGUUUGUGGAAAAUGAGUGUGAAAAGAUAGACCGUCUUAUGGAACUUUACAUAAGAUAUUCGGACAGAGUUAAAGCUGAGACCAAAAGGAUGAACCAACUUAAACUUGAUGAUUUAGAGAUGGAUGAAGAUGAAAGAUACAAUCGACGACUGGAGGCUGGACUUUACACUCUUCAGUUGAUUUCAAUCAUUUUGGGUCAUCUUUGGUCUUCUGAGAAUCCCCGGAUGCGAGCGAGAAUUGAACUACUACUCAAGCAGCAAAGAAUUACCAAAGAGGACAUCAUAGAUAUACUUCAGGAAUAUCAUGACAACAUUGGAGAUGUUGAUGGACCGGAGGAAAAGGAGCGUGCACAGGCAAAGAUCCAAAAGUUCAUCUUAGCCUUUUGACCAAUUGAAUGAUUCCUCGCAGUUCAAACCUUGAAAGAAGGUUUUUGGUUCAGGCAGGCAUGUAAUUUAUAUUAUCGUUUAUUUGAAUAUACAUUGGUUGAGGGUUAGGUUUGAAGUGGAUGCAUCAGUGAUGUGAUUUAGUCAUACUUCGGUUUGGUACUGAUUGAGAAUAUGUCAGCUUAAUGUUUAAGCUUCUCAACAGCCAAAAAUGCCCACAUCUAAUUACAGUUUUUAGAAUAUGGUGGCAUCACAACCGGACUUGACAAUUUUUGGAAUUGACCCAAUUUUUAUCUUACACGAGUUUUACUA